AUGUCCAGUGCCCCGAUCACCGUCAAGCGCUCCCAUUCCCCUGAUCAGGAUGUGUUGGCUGAGGCACCUGCCACCGCCAAGCGUCCACGUACGGAACGUCCUUCAAUCGCAGAUGCUUACCUAGAAAGCCUCUCGUCCUCCGACUUGGUCCACAUUCUCCAUCAAAUCGAGCAGCUUGUGCAACAUACCCCUUAUGCCGCCGAUGUGCGUGCAUUGAUAUACCCUGAUGACAUGGAGGAGCGAAUGUCGGCACACCAGCCAGUCCUGCCCCCACCCGCGCGACCCUCGCCCUUGGUGCGCACAUCGUCAGCGCCGCCCCCACCGACGUCCACAUCAACGUCCUCAUUGGUAUCGGACGCCUCAUCACCUAUGCCAUCAUCGCAUGCGGCCCUGGCGCACGUACCAUAUGCACCAUCCCCGCUACGCACCAGCACGACGUCCACGUCUGUCCCUACGUCCCCGAUUCCUGCCGCACCCUCAGGUCGACUCUAUACCCCUUCGAUCCCGGCGCCGACGUCUGCUCCUACACCGCCGGUCCCCACGCCUUCUGUACCCGUAUCCAUGUCGGGGCCGUCGACGCCCUUACCCCCAGUGUCAGAGCCGAUGGCACCUACCCUGCCUUCGACGCCUAUCCCUGUGCCUACGUCCAGCACAGGUUCCGCAUCCAUGGACACCGCGACAGAGCCAAUGAGCGGCAGCGGCAACAUUUCGUCUCGCAUCGCCGCCAUUCUCGAAUCGAUCCAGAAUACGAAUUCAACAGGGCCGAUGCUAGGCUUGCAAGGGCAGCCGCUCGCACCCUCGAAACAAGGAUCUGGCUCGCCGAUGUCUGGUGGGCUUUCGUCGCUGCUAAGCAGCUCGUCGUUUUUGAACAACAGUCGUAUGCCAGCCAAUUCGGCACUAUCGAAGCUAUUGGAGCAGUCCUCCACAUCGACGUCCUCGACGCCGUCGUCGAUCACAGCUACUCCUGGUGUGAGUACAUUGUCAAAUUUCUCGAGCACAGCGCCUACGGCCACAUCGACGUCGACAUCCACAUCCACAUCCACAUCCACGCAUACGCCCACGAUACCGAGCAUAUCGAGCUUGGCGCGGCCGACGUUGGGCGCCUCGUCGUCUCUUUACUCCAGUCUAUCGCAUACCACGACACCUACGUCUGCUACGUCGUCACUCCCUUCGUUUACUACGACGUAUGGCUUGAAUGAUACGCGUACGGAGGACCAGAAUGCAAGUCAGCGCGAUUCACCCCGCAUCACUAGCACGCUGCCAUCGUACGAGGACAUGAUCAUCGAAGGUCUCCAGGCCAUUGGCGACGUGAAUGGCACUCCGCCACGUAUGCUAUUCCAUUGGAUGGAGGAUACGUACCCGCUGAUGAAGAACUUUCGUCCGUCGGCUAGUCAAGCCCUGCAGAAGGCGUUCAAACGUGGACGUCUGCAUAAGGCAGGCAGCUUGUAUCGUAUCAAUCCCAAUUGGGAUGGAAGCAAUGCAGGUCGGAAGCCUACACGUCGUCCUCAGAUCGGCAAGGAUCACCCGAUGAUGGUGAAUGGUCCGAAGGGGCCUGCCCCAGCGAGUCCGUUCAAAGCGCGAGCGCAGUUUGAAGGCGCCGCAGCGUACCGACAGUCGUCUGUACAUCUUAGCAAGCACCGAGGCUUGCGCAAUCCCUCGAGUCUACGCCCAGGGCCUAAGCCGUAUGGACAGCCGGGCGCUGCGCCACUCGACAACCCGGCCAGCAGCAUUUUCCAGAAUGGUGCGGCUGCCGCUGCAUUGCUCUUAGCACAUCAGCAGCGUAUGCGCGGUAUCAAUGGCACGGAGAGCACUUCCUCAUCGUCCCAAGAUCUUACACCGACCCUCACAGCGCUUGUACAGCAACUGCGCAAUUCGUCGUCACAAGGUGGGACGGAUGGCCCGGGCGCCUCGUCUCUGUCAAGUGUUCUUGCCUCGGCGCUUCUCAAGCAUGUGCAACGCCCCAACGAUGGCAGUCCGGCCAUUGCGGGCUCUAGUUCGCCGUUGCCGUUGGUCAACCCAGUGGCGAAUGUGUCGUCCCCCGUGUUGCAAUCGCUCUCUCGCUUGCUAGGCACAGCACGGGCAGCGACCUCGUCAUCAACUGCGUCGUCGUUCUCUACGACAAGCGCCUCCCUCCUCGAUUCUCACUCGAAAUCCGACGUGGCAGCCCUGGCAGGUCCCACAUCCAGUCUCCCUGCUACAGGCCCUGGGUCCUUGUCGGCUUCCAUAGAGACACUGGUCCGCCAGGCGUCUCGCACGGCACAGCAGCAGGCACAGUCGGAACUCUCGAGUCAGGCCCUAUCGGAGGGCGUGCCUACAUCGUCGCAGGCGGCGCCUACUUCUACGUCCUCGUCCCAGGCCGACUUGGAUGCGGCUGUGUCGCAAACGUUGCAAGCCGCAUUCCAGCAACUUGGCCCGUCUGACAAGAGCAGCAGCGCCGCUGGGACGACCGGUGAAGCGUCGCUCGAAGGCCUUGAUACCAGCGAUCUUAGCGGCAUCAACUUGGACGACUACAGUGAUGCUUUGCGUACCCUGACAGCUGCAUUGGCAGGCGCCACAGGCGAGCAGGAUGAAGACGAUGACGAAGCGCAGCGUCUGGCCGACGAGAAGGCCAUUGCCGAUGCGGAGGCUGAUUUGUCGGAAGGCGAGUCGCAAGAUCAGGACGACGAGUAUGAUGAGCCCUACGAAUCGUACGGGUCCUAUGGUCACGACCAAGACACACAUGGUCAAAGGCACAAUCAAGAGCCUCCUACCGCGCCAUCCGCGGAGACCAAGGAGGCGGAGGAGACUGAGACGGCGCAGCCCAAGGAGACCGAAACGACCACAGAGACCCAGGAGGGCGAAGGCGGGGCUCAUGGCGACACCGAUGAUAGCUCGAGUCGCAUGGAAGCGCUGCUGAAGUCGUACGGCAUCGAUGUGUCGGGCGAUGCACUUCGUCACUUGACAGAGACACUGCGCGAUCCGAACACAUCUGUCUCCGAGCUCACUGAGCAGCGUAGUGAAGAUGCGACAGAGGCCCAUGUGGCUGAUGCCCCAGCGCUGGAGGGUGAAUCGUCAGAAGCUGUACCACCGACUACAUCGACCGACGAUGCGACAACAGCGCCACCUGCGGAGAACGAUGCGUCUGCCGAGGAUACCCCUUUCUCAUCGUUACUGGAAGGCGAAGUUCCAGGCGCGGACAAGGACGAGUCCAUUCAGUCGCACUUGGAAGCGCUCAUUGCUAGUCUCACGGCCGAAAGCAAUGAGAGUUGA